AUGGGCGACCUUCAACUUGUCACGGGAUUCUCAAUCCUGAUCAGCGGUGCUGUUCAACUGGAUUGUGGCCUCACUGUCUAUGAAUGGCAAAUUGUCGUCUAUCUGGCAUGGUUCUCUUGUCUGACUCAUUUGUCUUGUCUUAUGGUCAUGCGAAGCUACCUUCACGUCCACACCGUUGGAAGGACCUGGAGGCUGGUCGCGAUGGGUGUACUUGCCAUACUGCUGAUAGUCGGGCUACUUCCCACAGCUAAUUAUGGCCAUCUUUAUAAUCAACGCCCUGGCCCUUCAGAUUAUGCCAAGUGCUAUUUGAAAGUUCGGCGCUCCUCGGGUAUAACACUUUGCUCAAUGAUCCUUUCGGUCUUGACCAUAGCCAUUGGGUUCAUUUCUCGCGUGAUGAAGUUACACAAAAUGCUGUCCGUCACGCUUUGGGGAGGGCUUAGAAUUCGGACCAGUCAUAGGAGUCGAGCUAUACUGCGUGUCAUCUACCGGUGGAGUGUCAAAAGUGGCCCCGCGCAAGGAUUGAGCUUCUCUCUGGUAUAUCGACCUCUGUUGGCAGUGUUCCUUGCAGCACGUUUCUUAUUAGACGCAUGGGUUUCCAUGUUUGUAGAGGCGCUGUGGCUGUUCAUUGCUUUUUUCUGGGGUGUUGUCCGUCUUCUGACUGCACUCAACGAUACUCCCAAGGAUCAAGAUUUGUGGACAAAGACCACAGGGCAGAAAGAAGGUAAUUGGACUUUCGGACAAGUUGUGUCCUUGGUGCUACUGGUGGCACCUCUCAUGAGCUUGUUGGAAUAUUUCGACCAGGGUAUGUCUCUUUCGACGCUGUAG